AUGUCCUACGGUAGCGAGACGCCGCAUAUUUGGAGUAGCUCUUCAGGUGGUGAGGUUUCUCCGUACGGUCCUUUGUGGGACGGACCGCCUGCGCCGGUUCCUUACCCCGACAUCCUGGCUUUUCCACCCGCCGAUCUGGUGUGGUCGGCGGGAUGCGGGCGAUCUUCAGCCCGCUCGACGCCGGGAGGUAAGAAGCCGCGACGCCGCGUCGCGUCAGUCGCGCAGCGUCGCGCCGCCAACAUCCGCGAGCGAAGACGCAUGUUCAACCUCAACGAAGCCUUCGACAAGUUACGGAGAAAGGUGCCGACGUUCGCUUACGAAAAGCGACUCUCCCGUAUCGAGACUCUUCGUCUCGCGAUCACAUACAUAAGCUUUAUGUGCGAACUGCUCCACGGAUCCCCGCAGCCUCACCACUCUUCUCAUGCCUCUUUGCACCCACCACGUCACGUAUUUGACGCAGAAGUGCCAUGGUGUGCUUAA